AUGGCCGGGGGGCGGCGGGGGCCGGGAGCGCUGGCGGAGCCGCGGCGGCUGAUGCGCUCGGGCCUGGGGCUGAUCGUGCUGGGCCACGGCAGCCUCGUGCUGGGCGCCAUCGUGCACGGCUCGGUCCUGCGGCACGUGGCCGGCGCUCGCCGCGUUGUCACGCCCGAAUACGCGGCGGCCAACGUGGUGUCGGUGUGCUCGGGGCUGCUGAGCAUCGCCGCGGGCAUCGUCGCCAUCCUGGUGUCGCACAACCUGUCCCGGGCGGCUCUGCACUGGGCCCUGCUGAGCAUCUCUGUGCUGAACUGCCUCCUCUCCACGGCGUGCAGCGCGGGGCUGGCGCUGGCCGUCGCGCUCACGGUGCACAGCCGGGGCACGCACCUGGUCAGGGGCUGCAACAGCUCCGCGCUGCCUCUGGAUGCCCGGGCAGCCAUUGCGACUAACGACUGUCCCUUCAACACCACGCGCAUCUACGACACAGCCCUGGCACUCUGGUUUCCCUCCUUGCUGCUGGCAGCUGCAGAAGCCGUGAUCUCAGGCAGGUGCUGUUUAGUGGCUCUCGUCUUCCAGGGCAUCGGGCCCUGUGCACACAGCUAUGGCAAAGAGCAGAUGGCCAGGCCAAGUACAGCAAUGGAGAAGCCACUCCGUGAGAGGCAGCAGCUCCUGGCAGGACUUGCUGAGUCUCCUGUGUAGCUGGAGAGGUGGUGCUGCAGGAGUGCUGUGAUCCAGCAAGGUCGGGGAAAAGGCGAUGUCACACCUUCUGCAGUGCUGGUGUGCAUAAAGUGGUCUGCAGGGGUGAGGGCUGUGCCUUCCUCCCUCCCCCCAGCUCCACCACCCCACCUGGGACAGACCCUGCAGGUCAGCAGGUGCCGUGGGCCCCAGAUGCUCUCCCAUCUCUCCCCAGGCUGCCAGGACCUUCCUGGUGUGCUGAAGGCUCCGCUGGUUCCUGGCAGCAGUGAUGGGGUGGGCAGAGGUGCUGGGACCCAAGUCCUGGUGCCACUGCAGGCAUGGCAGCUGGCUGUGCCUGUGCUCAGACAUCUCAGGGAACAGAAGGGGAAGAAUCCCUGUUGUGUGGAUCUCUAAUUUUCUUCAAUAAAUAAACUUUUCUUUUCCACACUGGC